GUCGCGGCGCGGGGCAACGUCUGUACUCGAGUGCGCGGCGACUCGGCGGGGGACCAUGGCGGAGGGCGACAAUCGCAGCACCAACCUGCUGGCCGCAGAGACCGCCAGCCUGGAAGAGCAGCUGCAGGGCUGGGGUGAAGUCAUGCUGAUGGCCGACAAGGUCCUGCGCUGGGAGCGAGCCUGGUUCCCGCCUGCUGUCAUGGCCGGGGUGUCCCUACUGUUCCUGACUAUCUACUAUCUCGACCCAUCCGUGCUGUCUGGCGUUUCCUGUUUCGUCAUGUUUCUGUGCUUGGCCGACUACCUUGUCCCCAUUCUUGCUCCCAGGAUUUUUGGCUCAAAUAAGUGGACCACCGAGCAGCAACAGAGGUUCCAUGAGAUCUGCAGCAGCCUGGUGAAGACGCGCCGCAGAACCGUGGGCUGGUGGAAGCGCCUCUUCACGCUCAAGGAGGAAAAGCCAAAAAUGUACUUCAUGACCAUGAUCGUCUCCCUGGCUGCCGUGGCGUGGGUGGGACAGCAGGUGCACAACCUGCUGCUCACCUAUCUGAUCGUGACCUUCUUGCUGCUGCUUCCCGGACUAAACCAACACGGAAUCAUCUCGAAGUACAUUGGGAUGGCCAAACGGGAGAUCAACAAGCUCCUCAAGCAAAAAGAAAAGAAAAACGAGUAAGGGGCUUCGUUGGACCAAAGCCCCCAUGGCAUGUGCACUGUCCUCGGGAAGCCUCUGCUCUGGCGUCUGGAUGCUGGGGUCUUCCCGAAGCAGCUCCCCACGCCCCCUCCCCAUCCCCUAGUUGGUAGAAAUGCAAGCCCUAUAGAGUGGGCCUUGGGGCUGUGUCUUCCUGUCCGGCCUCGGGGUGCCCUCUCCCCGCGGGCCAUCCUUGGACCACUCCCCUGCUGUAGGACUUUUGUUUCUGAGUUUUCCCGUCCAGCGUUCAGCUGGGUCCCUCCUUUGAAGUCAUCCCCUCUAAGGUAGCGUAGUAGUGAGUUUUGUCUGUGGUGCCGUGAACAAUGAUGCCGGGUACAUGCCCCAGCUGGUCAUUGCUUUAGUUAGGGAUGGGGUGGGGGUCGCGGGUGCUACUGUCUGCCUGUGUGGGAAACGGUCCACUCCGGCCUCAGAAAUGCAGAGACCGGGCUGACCGCCUCCGAUGGCUAGACCAAGUGAGAGUCAUUCCUGCUCCCAUGGCUAAGGUGCGGCUCCUCUCUGGCCCCAGGGUUCCUCCUUCCUUCUUCCCCCCCCCCGCCCCCCCCUUGCGCUUGGACCUCAGGUCAGUCCAUGCAGGCUUGUGAAUCGCAAACUUCCAGAAGGGCGGCUUCCAGAGUCUCCGCCUACCCAGACAGAAGCACCACUGCUCACGACUCCUGUCCAGGCCCUUAACUUGAAUACCAGCCAUUAAAGAACAAAAGUCUUUGUCUGUUCAGCGGCAGACAGCCUUUCUGCUGCGGCUCAAGUCUCCCUGCUCCUUGUAGCUUUUCCAGGGAAGCGUCUAGGUCCUCCCUGAGUGACUGGUCAUCCUGGGCAGCUUGGGCCUUCCGAUUAGGAAGAGGGGGUGGCCUCCUCAGGGCCAGGGCAGUGACCUGGCUGCAGAGACCCGUGACUCCUUGGAAAGCUGUUCUAGAGCCCUACCCCGCCCCGCCCCGCCCCACCCCCGUUAGCAGCUAGACCCGUAGAGUAGGUGAAACUGUAGGAAUGAGCCUCCGAGCUGACAAUGUGAGGAUUUGGGAACAAUUCUUCGGCCCGGAUUAACUGGCUGUAAUAUAGUUCUGUGAAUUGGUUGCACUGAAGCUGUCAGGCCGGACCUUGUUGCUCCUCCCCUAAGCAAGGGCUGUUUCUGCUGUAAACAGGCACCCGGGUAGUCUAGGUUUCGGUGGUUGGUUGUUUGUUUCCUCUUUCAUGUUUCCUGUGAAAAUUACCAACUACCUUAAGGGUACAUGUGUUUCUCGCCGUUGUAAAUAAGCCUGUCUUCCUACUGGAUUCUUGUGUGUGUGUGUGUGUGUGUGUGUGUGUGUACUUGUUUGACCAAUGAACUACUUUUGCGGUUUGAUCGCUGUUACUUCUACUUUGUUUCAUGUAAAGGGGGAAAAAUUAAAAAAGCUGGAAUCCC